AUGAUGUACAGCGUUCGCCUCACACUAUGCUGCAUUCUAUUCCUUGCUGGCACGCUUCAAGCAACCCCGCAGCAAUACUGCAAGCCCGUUGUAGGUUCCCCCGGAUGGCCGUCAAUCUCUGACUGGCACGCUUUGAACGAGUCUAUCUCGGGUCGCCUCAUCGCGCCAGUGCCCCCAGGACUGGUUUGUCAAACCAACAGUUCGUCGUACAGCGCACAGGCCUGUGGUCAAUUGCUUGCACAGUGGACCAAUUCAUCCUUUCAUGCUGAAGACCCCUUCACAACCAACUACAACGACGACUCUUGCCUUCCUGAUCCUCGCGCGCCAUGUUCCACGGCUCCUCUCCCAGCUUAUGUAGUCAAUGCCACCAAUACGGCCGAUGUCCAAGCCGCCUGCCAAUUCGCUUACAAGACCGGGGUUAGGCUCAUCGUCAAAGGAACCGGCCAUGACUUUCUGGGACGAUCAUCUGGCCGAAGCUCUCUCUCAGUCUGGACACAUAACAUCCGUGGCAUCAAUGUCACGAUGGAAGAUCUUCGAGCCAAGCGGUAUGGCGGGGUUGCUUCGGUCAAGAUUGCCGCGGGCAUGCGCUUUGGCGAAAUCUACCAAGCGGUUUCCUCAUACAAUCUCACCUUAGUUGGUGGCGCGGAUCCCAACGUGGGCAUUGGUGGCUGGGUUACUGGAGGUGGACAUUCCCCGAUCAGCGCCGUCUACGGCCUUGGGGCGGACCAAGUCCUUGAGAUGGAGGUGGUCACCGCCAACGGCACACACCUGACUAUUAACGAGGAUGCCUACCCUGACCUCUUCUGGGCGAUGCGAGGAGGCGGCGGUUCUACUUUCGCAGUCCUCUUGUCCGUCACGGUCCGAGCAUAUCCUGUGCUACCGACGGCGGUUUAUUCGUUCAGCUACAACACCACUGCAAACAGUGACACAUUCUGGUCUCUAGUGGCAUACUUCCACAACCAGCUGCCCGAUAUCUCAGACGCCGGAGUCAUGGGCUACUAUUUUAUCGUGCCCAACAACAGCGCCGCACAGCCUGACCCGAUCCGCAUGGGCUCGGUUGUCGGCUUCUGGUUCGUUCCGAACAAGACUGUCGAAGAAACCCAGCAGAUCUUGACGCCUUUGGAAGAGCGUCUUCGGAACAACACAUACAACUGGACUGACACGGUGUUUGUGGAUAGCAUAGCUGUACCCGUUGAGGACUUUACCAAAUUCUGGCUCACCUACGGCGCUGCCCAGAGUGUUGGAUCAGAAGUCCGGCUAGGGUCUCGCCUGUUGGACAAGGCCGCUCUCAAGACCGACCCGGCAAAGUUGAAAAAGCUCUUCAAGCAGACGACCUCUAACCCGCAGUAUUCGAUCCUGGGCCACGUCGUGGCAGGCAAGGGUGUGAAGACCGUCAAGAACGGGAUCCCCGGAGGGAAUAACUCGGUUCUGCCCGCGUGGCGCGACGCAUACACACAUAUUGUACUCCCGCGAUCAUGGGCGUUCCUCAAUGAGACGGCAAAGGUCGCUACGACCACACACCUCCGUGAGGACGAGACCGAGGCCCUCCGCGAACUGGCGCCCAACACGGGAGCGUACGUCAACGAAGCAGACCCGACGGAACCGAACUGGCAAAAGACCUUUUGGGGAUCAAACUACCCGAGGCUGCUGCAGCUGAAGCAGAACUGGGACCCCAAGGGCGUGUUUUGGUGUGUGCCCUGCGUGGGUCACAAGGACGGUUGGGAGGUCGUUAGUGACGUUGGUGUCGAGGGCGCGGUGGGCGAGUCCCCAGGGAGGAUUUGUCGGACUUUAUGA